ACAGAGCACUUUUCCCAUUUGAUUUUCACCUCAUCUUUGCCCUCCAAAACCAUCAAAAAUUUGGCUUGUCACAUCAAAAUUCCCGUAUGUCAAAAUGUUGAACCCAUUUUCAUCAACCAACACCAACAUCUUCGACGAGCGAACUCACAAUACAACUCCGGCAAACUUGUGCGGCCAAAAUGUCCUAGUUUCGCAGGAACAGCAUCGCAAAAUCUUCAACACUCUAACAACCUCCAUCACCGGAAUGCCCGGAACAAUGCAACCAAGUUUCCACAACCCCAACGUCGUCACCUUUACUUUCAAACCGAACCAAGACUAUUACCCCCAAAAUUACUGGUGCUGUCAAACUCCCGCAAUGCAAAAUCUGAACCAGUUGCAACAACAAACCGCCGCCGAUUUGCUCCAGCUCCAAAGACAGCUAAAUCAGCCCUACCAGUGCAAGUUCCACCUCGAUAGCCAGACUUCGACCACAGAUUUGGGGGCGAAACCAGAAGCGAGGCCUGAUUUGAAAAACCUCCUUUGUACUUGCGCAUGGCUACAAGGCCCGAUUUCGAAAAACCACAAAAAACUAAUCUUGAAGCAAGUAACGCCUAAAAUUGAAGGGAGCAUCUGCGACCAGAUCGACCAAGAGGAACACAAGGCGAAGAAAGUCAACUUCGAGUGUGCCGAAGGGACGAAAAAUGCCGAAGUUCAAGUUGAGUGCAAGUGUCCAACUUGUCCCGGCCAGGAAGCUCCAGCACGAGUUAAGAAAAAGCGAAGAAGGAGUCGGAAAAAAUCACCAACGACCACAAGCGACGAAAGCACCGAUAACGAGAGUGACAACCGGUAAACACUGACAAAUUUGACGUGAAAAUGGACACAAAAAAAUUUACUUUUGGCGAUUUGGGGCAUUUUGUGGACGGGCGAUUGUGCGAGUUGCGAAAUUGUGAACAGUAUUUCUUCAGGAAUUUGGAGUUUGUUACACAAUUGCUUUAUUACGUGGCAAAUUCGAGAAGCAAGUUGGAGGUGAUUUACCAGCGCUUAAUGAAUUGCAAAAUGGCACAAGAUACUCUCGACUCUUUGUUAUCGUGCAUUCAAAACAAUCAAAAUAAAUGGGAGGAAAUUUUGCAAAGCUUUGAAAAUAAAUGUUAUUGUAACGAAAUCAUUGAUGAAAAUCGCGCUUGCAUAUACAAACUCGCUGAUAAUUUAUUCGCAACCUUGUCCAACCACUACGAGAUGCUUGAUAGUAUUGAGAGUAAAGCAACCGACUGUUAUGUCAAAAAUAAGGAAGAACCGAUCUAUUUACUAUUCCAAAUCAUGGACAUGAACUUAAACAUGUUGGAUAAAAUUAACAUUCACAUCGAGAAACUGAAGAAUCGUGUGGAUUUCUACAAAAACAUUUGGGCGGAAUGCAACAAACGCUGCACUUGGACGUGACUUAUUUAUUUAUAUUUGCUUCUCUUCGCCGCAAAUUGGGCCUAAUAAAAUACACAAGAAGUGAA